UUUUACAGCUGUUAAACUCGGAAAUUGCCAUGCUGAGCCGGUUUACCACGAUAUUUGUCAGAAAAUUGGCAACAAAAUCUGGAGUUUUUGCUCCAUUGAGCAAUCGAGUCUUCUUGUUCAACUACUUUGAAAAACCUCCUCUUGAAGAAAAGGAGUUUGUCAAGAAUUGGACAGAAACAUCAAAAUAUGUUCAGGCCAGAGACCACUUCAUCUCCCUGCACCUGCACAAUUCAAAAGGACCAAACACUAGAUUCGAGUGGGUUAAUUUCGUCGUAUGCGAUUCUGAUGACAUCUGUAUAUUUGGGAAGCCUGAUCCUCGGUGGCUUGAGAGAAUGAAAGAAGGAGCUAAGCUUGGUUUGACUCCUAAGCCAGGGCAAUACAGUGAAGUAGCAUCAUACAAUGGCAAUCCCCUUGACACAGAACCAAAAGAAAGAUCUGAGACUGCAAGAUUUCUGAUCACUGGUGUUACAGCUGAUGAAUCCAUCUCUGCUGAAGACAUGGAAUCAAACUGGAAAGAUUGGAUGAAAACAGAUUUUAUUCAUCAACAGUUGAAGGCUAACAAUAACUUAAAGGAUUCUAUGCUGUAUAAGCUGGUUCGCAGUCCUGUGCCAUACUUUCGUUACACAGUUCGAACAGAAUUAUCUGAGAUGGAUGAGAAGGAAGGAUAUGCACUGGCGGAUGUAGUCAAUCAGCAAAAAUGUCACGAUGGAGUCGAAACCUUUACUGGAUUUUACAGCAUUUUUACCAACAUGUUUUAUAAAAAGGAAUAAUGUUUGAAUAGUCAAUGCUCCAGAAACAAAUAACUUGCUACCUAACUGGGCUUGAGGCUGUGGUUAAGAUUAAGAUGCUUCAUCGUCUAUCCUCUCCCCCGAGAUAGAUAUGUAACUCUUAUGCUAAUCUAGCAAUGUAAACUUGUAAUCUACACUUGCAAUAUUAGUGUAGUUUGUAGUAAGCUUUGCUAGAGAAUUCUGAUAUUAACUGGGAUCAACUGAGGGCAUAUUUUUUAUACGACAUCUUUUUCUUUAAACAAGGCCCCUCUCCUCCAGGUCAAAUAUGUAAAUCCUAAUCUAGCUAUGUUAAAUUUUAAUCUUAGUAGCUGUGUGUAGUAAGCUUUGCUGGGAGAUUCUGAUAUUAACUGGUAUCAACCGAGGCCAUACUUUUUUAUACAGCUCUUAUCAACGCCAUGUGCAAGUAUCCAAUUAUAUCUAACGAUUUGUAAGGAGUUAGUAUUUGAAUACUAAUCAAGUUUGGGAAUGAUCGAACUGGGUUUGUUGUGCUUAUUAUGGUAACAAAACAAUAUGGCAAAUUUUAAUCAAAAGCAUGUUGCCAGAAAUAAAGGAAUAGGGAUGUUAAAAAAAUGAAAUUUUGAAUUGAAAAACUAUUCAAAUCAGUUCCCUUGUUGACCAUGUUUUUGUGUUUUUUAUGCAGUUAAAAAUUAAAAUGUUAGAGAUUUUUUUUACAUUUGUUAUAAUGGCAGUGGGUUUAUUUUCAUACAUUAUUUGUUGCUGUUUGUACUAUAACUUAGGGAUUAAUUAGAGCUGGGAAUUUCAGUGAAAACACUUAACCGUUAACCGGGUAAAAUUAACCGGUUUACCGCAGUGUUCCCUUCAACGUACAUUCGUUAUUAUGGCAGUGUGUUUGAUUUUAAUAUAUUAUUUGUUGCUGUUUGUACUAUAAAUUGAAUAAGGUUAAAAAUCUUUUCGAUAAGUAGUACAAUUAUCAAAUCAUGUCAUUUCUUUUGCGAUCUAUCAACGUAUAAAUCGAGGUUUAUAUUUUAUAUUUCUAUUUUGCACAGGUUGACCAUUAUUUUGGCUAAAAAGUGAUAUCAUGCAUUUUUGUGGCCAUUGAAUUUUAUAGUGUUAUAUAACAAUUUGAUAUAAAAUCAUCCUUUCAUUCAAGUGUCUUCGGGUACAAAUUCUUGAUAUCAUUUGUGAUGUAUAUGCAUGUAUAACAAAACGCUUUUGCUGUUGUAUAAUAGAUUUAAAAACUAAUUUUCACUUUAUGUACGAAUAAUUAAAUAUUCUGAUUACAAUUAUUUUGCAUCA